GUCCAACCUCAGACUUCCCGCGUAAUUUACAGGUUUGCAAUUGUAGCGUAUUGGCUAGCACGUAAAACCUAGUGGUCAUAAGGUUUCCUGUUUGCUUAUACUGCAUAUUUCCGCACUCAGCACUAUUCAGGAAACACUUCAUCGGAAUGUCAUCGGUGCUGGAACAGCUGGUCGAGAUGGGCUUUACUCAGGCUAAAGCGGAAAAAGCGAUUAGGUUCUCCGGUAAUAAAGGAUUAGAAGAGGCCAUGGAGUGGAUUGUGGAGAACGAUAGUGGUGAUGAAGAAGAAGAGCAUAACGGGAAAGUUAGAAUAGAAGAAACGGUCUCAACAUUAUUGUCGUACAAAUGUGAAGAUUGCAAAAAGUGUCUCAAAAACGAUGAAGAAGUUCAGAUGCACAGUGCUCGCACGGGGCACUGCAAUUAUGCAGAAUGUCCAGACUCAGCCAAAUCUCUGACGGAAGAUGAGCGUAAACAACAGAUGGAGAAGUUGCAGGAACUUUUGCGGAUCCGAAAAGUUCAAAGAGAGGAACAAGAGAAACAAGAAGAACUGGAACGUGAAAAACAAAGACGCCUGCAAGGUAGAACAAUAGUCUCAGCUAAAGCAAAGUAUGAGGAAGAUGAAAUGCGUCGUCUAGUUGAACAGAAAAAACGGGAGAAAGAGGAAGAUCGAGCCUACAGGGAAAAACUGAAAGCGGAUAUUGCCCGAGAAAGAGAAGAAAAGCGUGCACGUGAACUUGGUCUAAUACCACCGCCUGUUGAGUCAAAUAAUCCAACUCCUGUACCAACUUCAGUGCCUAAAUCAAAUUCAACAGUGUGUCGUUUACAAAUUCGUCUACCAUCUGGUCAAUCAAUCAAAACAGAAUUCAGUGCCAAUGAACUUUUGAGUUCAGUUAGAUUGUAUAUUAGUCAAAAUUGGCCUGAUUCUUCAACAUCUAUUGACCCUGAAUCUAUUCAGUUAAUUACCAGUUUUCCUAGACGAGAUUUCACCGAUGCAGAUAUGAGUAAAUCCCUUUCAGAUUUAAGUUUGAUAUCUUUCUUUUUCUUUCCGCGUCUUUGGUUGCUGGUAUAAAGUGGAACAGCUUGAAUUUCUUCGCUUUUGUACCAGGUCCUGUUGUCACUUAUCAGAUGAUAGUAAUCAAUUAAUAACUGAUAUGUUUAAAUCUAAUGUACUGAAGAUGAGUGAGUAGAUUUUUAUUCAGAACUUGAACUCUUAUGAAUAGAAAAUAUGUCCUGACUAAGUUCUCUUUGAAAAAAAAUAUCCGAUGACAGUUGAUCAAGUGAAAACAAGCUGAAUUCAAUUCUACAUUACGAAAACUUAACAGAGAUCUGAUUACUUCUGACAGUAGAUUUGCUUUAUUCUGUUCUAAUUUGUUUAUCUCUAUCAAUUUUGCAAAAGUAACUGGCAAGACAUUUGAAAUGUAUGAUGAUACUGACCUUUAAAAUGCAUGCAUUAAAACAAUGAUAAUAAUAUAAAGAAGAAAUGAAGAUAUUGACAUUUCAACAGGAAUGAAAUAAUGACAGGCAUAUACUGAUAACACUUUUAUCAAGAUGAAACAAAAUUUUGUCAAUAUCAUUUAGUGGUAAUUUAAUUCAUUUAUUGAAAAUUCAUGAGGUAAAUUUUUGUCAAAUAAUGGAUUUGAAAUUA